UUCUUCACUAAUUACAAACGUGAAGAAUUAACAAAUUUGCAAUCCGUUCUCAAGCACUCUCAAGGACCACCUAGGGUGCGAAUCUGUACAGCUCUCCGCUUUCCAGUCCUCUUGUCCAGCAGAAUGGCGUGCACUGUAGCAAUUGCCUUUUCAGGCCCUGCUGCCCUUACUAUUGGUGCUUUAGUCUUUCGUCCAGAAGCGGCUGCUUCUGUCGCAAGCUCCGCCGUCCUGCCAAAGUCAUUUUGGGGCCUUCCCGUGCAUGCUGCCCCAGUGCCAAUUCAUACCCGAAAGCUCGCAGUCCAGGCACAAUGUGUGGGCAGCUUCUCAGAAGCAAGGGCAGUGGGCUGCCAAUGUGGGCCUGAGUGCCCCCGGCGAGAUUUCCUCCUCGGCCUCGCCCUAGCCAGCGCAGCAUUGGCUCAGCCAGCUGAGGCAGCAGCUGCAAAGGUGGCAGUUGCCAAAUUGGUUCCUACAAAGGGAAGCACGGCUUUUGGUGAAGUUACAUUCACAGAGUCGUCGGGCUUCUUUGGUGGCAGGAAAGUGAAGGUGGACGUCAAUAUUGGGGGUCUCUCCCCUGGUAUGCAUGGAUUCCACAUUCAUGAGAUUGGCGAUGUCACAUGCGAUGACGGCCUGUGCACGGGGGGGCACUACAACCCCAGCAAGAAGCCCCACGGGGCGCCUGGCAGCGAGGAGCGGCAUGUGGGCGAUCUGGGGAACAUUCGGGCUGACAACGAUGGCAAGGUCCAGACCACGCUGGAGGACGUUGUCAUCAGCUUAGACGGGCCCAGCUCGAUUGUGGGACACUCGGUGGUCGUCCAUUUUGGUCAGGACGAUCUGGAGUCUCAGCCAUCAGGAAACGCCGGAGGUCGAGCAGCGUAUGCAACAGUGAGGCUGGUUUAGCUAAGCAGAGACCCGCAGGUAAAUACUGGGCUUGGUGAACGUAAGACAGGUUAGGAGGUUGCUUCGGACCUCGAGGGAAGAUCAAUCGAGUCGUUUUGCACUCUGUUGACUCGAUCGGUUGAGCGUCGAGACGGACAAGCAUGUGUCUGUCUUUUCGCAAGCAAGGAAUCGAAGUGAAGCGGCCUCGCUGGCAUUCAGAGGAGAGAAAGUUCAAAUCCUGCAGAAGAAACACGACGGUCGACCCAAAUCGUUGCAAAAAUCAAAGGAGUUGAGAGCGAAUGAUGUUGCUUAAGCAUUCCCUUAGGAGUACAUGAUCACAGCUACCGAGACUUUGAUAGUAAAGUGUACCAUAUAGAUGUGACAGUGAGCUGUCCGCGGGACGUGAAUUUUGUCGAUUGUUAUAAGCCGGGAAUGAACAUCUAAGUCUGUAUAACGGCCGAGAUGUAUGCAUCUAACGGCAAAUCAUCCAGUCGGCCGCGGCUCGAC